GAAAUGGCAAAAUGUCGCUGAUUUUGGUUGUCAAGCUAUUUUCUCAUCGCAAUGUGCCGUUCUGGCGCAUACUAUGUAUGAAACGCCGCAGAUUGUCUAGUGCGUUGUAUUUUAUUUUAGAUGAGACUUGACAUUCAUUCAAAAACCUUCAUCAUUUCUCGCUACCAAAUGGUUUACAAUUGCGUCCACUUUUUGUAAACAAGAGCAGCAAAACAAGAGAACAUAUCAAUGUAACAGUGAAAAUAAGGUAAUUUAGGCGAACAGGUUUUGUUAUUUUGAUUACGGUUAAUCAAAAGGUUCUCCAAAUGUCUGACAAGGUCGAAGAUACGGAGGAAAAGAUGGAAAGUGAACAAAGUUAUAGUAGUGAAUCUAGUAGUAGCAGUUCUUCCGAUAGUUCAAGUGGAAGUUCAGAAUGCGACGAGGAGUUAAUGGAGCCAGUUAGUAUCCUAGGCCACACUUUAGAGUUGCCGCAGGAGCUUUGUGAAGAUUAUGGCAUUUUUAAAGAGUUUUUUUCUAUGAAAACUUGGGAUAGCCUGGAAGAUAAACAUAAAGAAGAGCUUACAAAAUUGUUACCACAAUUUAAAAAUGACCAAGAAGAAGAGAAUGAGAAAACAAUAAAAAUGCUAUUUAACCAUGAACCAUUUCAUUUCACAUCACCACUUAGCAACUUCUAUAACAAUUUAAGACAAGGUAAUUAUAGACCAGAUAUAGCUAGAAUGAGAAAGUUUCUAAAGAAAGCUAGAGCAAAACAACAAAAGCAGAAGAAUAAAUCAUACUAUGCUAAGCUUUUACCGGAAUUGUUAAUCUCUCGGGAACGGUUGCUAGCAGCUGUUAAAGGGGCGCCUCCGGGCCCUAUACCAAAGUUACCAGUUCUAGCUCCCAAGGCAUCCAGUAAAAAUAAAUUCAAGCCAUUAUACAUGAGAGUGAAACAAAGAUACUUUGAAGAGUUAGCUGCUAUUUGGGGUGAGGUUGGUGGUGAGGACUCAGAGGAUCAGAAUUAUCCAGAAGGUGCUCCGGAACGAUUGAUAAAAAAGAAAAAACAGUCAGUAACAGGACAGCAAGUUGACAACAAUGUAUCUGGGACAUUGGGCGGAUCUGAUCCAGCGCAUUUGACAUCUUUAGAAUGUCUGAAGAAGGUUUUGUCAACACACCGAGCUAGGAGACAGUACAGAGAAAACCAUCCAGAACUUAAUACCGCUGGUAUAACCUUAGAAGAUAUUAAACAAAGAGUAGCCAUGAUGAACGGAGCUAAGAAACUUAUGUUUGGUGGUGCUAAAACAGAAAGUCCUAUAAAUAAGUUACGUAAAGGUGCUAAAAAAGAGUUGAGUCAAAAAGCUUCCAAAACAGAUUUGAAGUCAGCGAUUAAAAAGUCUAAAGAAGACCAAGAUAGUGUUGAAAAUAAACCACUGUUGCCAAAUAUUAAGAUAAAAUGUGAACCCGAAGAGUCUGACUCGGAAAGUUCAUCAUUCCUGGAUCCCAUUUCAAGUCCCAAGUUUAAUAAGAAAUUGUUGGAUCAUUCAGAAAUCAAACAGGAAACUAUAGACAAUAAAUAUCCAAACUAUACGAAUUCAAACUACAAUGAUUCUAAAUUGGAAAUAAAACAAGAACCAACAGACUACGCUGGUUCAAUGCAAAACUCAAAAGUAUUACAACCAGUGCCUAUAAAAUUGGAGGAUUUAGAUGGAAUUGACAUGAUGGCACUACCCAUAGAGUUAGCAGAUGAGUCUGGGGAAGUUUUGCCAGUGGAUACUUCGACUGAGACAAAUGAGGACAAUCUGGAUGCCGAUGAACUUACAGAGACAACACAUGCCAAUUUCCUGGCAUUGGUCCGAGCUUUGUUCCCCGCUAAAGCGGCCCAUAGAGCCUCUAAGCAGCAAUUACAUGCAAGAUGUGCAGCUGUCAUGAGAUCUCCUAUAGCACCACUUAACACUUGGUACAAUUUAUCUGACGACUGGUGCGCUGAGCUAAAUUCAGCGUUGGACUUUCUAGCCGGACAGAGAGGACCUCAUCCUGAUGAUUUUGUACCAUAUUUGCAAUUUAUACCGGAGUCACAAACAUACCAAUGGAUAGGUGCGGGUCGAGACUGCGACGCCAUCUUGGGCCGGCUGUGCGAGCGCUGGCUGCGCGCCGUCUCCCCCCACCACUCCACAGACCCCCCACCACCCAGAUACCCUACGUCUUGGACAGUGCGAGCUCCGACACCGGCCGAGAUCUCCGACUUCAGAGCUCAAGAGAGGAAGAGAUUCGCCUCCGCUACCAAACCCUUUACUUAUGUGCAGUAUGGAUACAGGUCGGUGGUGGGUCCGAUAGUGCGAGGUAUGGGGGGGUGUGGGGGGGCGACGGGUGCGCUGGUGUGCGCUCAGCGGCCGCGCGGGGCCACAUUCGGCGCGCUGCUCAGAGACGCGCUCGCUCGUCUGCCCAACGGACAGGGCACGCGCACGGACCUCGUCACACUGCUCAAGAUGUCUCAAUGGAUCGCUCCUUGCACCGAGCAAACGCUGUCGAGUGCAGUUUCAGCUGCAUUAGAGAAGCUGCUCGCUGUGAAGCGAGAUCCUAUAGUCAAGUACGACCAGAGAACUGCCGUUUGGACAUAUUUACAUAGGAACAGGAGUGAAGAGGACUGGUUAAAAAGCAGUGGUCCUCGCGGCCGCGGCGGUAAAACAUUGCCUAUAGCACCGCCUGCAACCUCGCCGCAAACUGCAACGGAAAUGGAAGUUGCCAGCGUUGAAGAAGUAAUAGAAAAUGCAUCUGACAGUGACGUGGAUGUAGACGACAGCGGACCCUCACCCGCGCCACAUCUCUCCUCCGCACAACUCCUCAUGCAGGCCACACAGGCCACACAAGUCAAACUGACACACAAACAGAAGGGAAAACUAGUCGCCACACCAACACCUAAGACAAAGAACCUUCAACCAAAACAAACACAAAUUAAAACACUGCCAAAACAGAACACACAAACAAACAUCAUCAAAGUCAAUCAGACACAGAAAAAACCGAAUAUAACUCAAAUAAAACAAACAGCGAAACAAAUAAAUACAAUGUCAAAACAAAUACCUAUACCAAAGCAAUCUCCGAAGCAAACUCAAGCGAAGACAACAGAAUCUAUGAAGACAAUAGGACAAAGUAAAGUGAUUGAAACUGGAGCUAAGUCGUAUACAUCUGUUGUUGUAACACCUAAACCGAAAGUUGCACAGAAAAUUGAAGCUUCACAGAGUAAUAUGUCUUCAAGUUUGUCAAAUCAGCACACAACAAUGGUGUCUGUAGUACAACCAGCAUCAGUCUCAUCUAUACAACAAACUCAGACCAAGAUGGCGCAAGUAACACGGUCGCUAUUGAUAAGGCCGUCUUCAUCUACGGGACAGACUACAUCAACUGUUACCACUUUGACCAUCAACACACCCCCCACACAGACAACUUCGGCGCCAAGAAGAGGUGUAGUGAGGGUACUGAGUCCAGCUACACCAUCCUCAGGAAAGUCACUUAUCUCGCCACAAGCCUUAAUGCCACAGAACUCAUCAACAACAAAGAAACGGAUAACAACAAGUACAACGCCUGCGACAACUUUGCCUCAGACGUCAUCGAACGUAACUACGGUUGUAAGUAGUGUACCUACAGUGAUGACGUCAUCCGUGUCGACGCGGACUGUACAGCUGGCUGGAGGCAGGACUGUGCAGCUCGCCACCAACCAGACGGUCCAUCUGCCCAGUGGACAGGCUGUGCAGCUGACACCUGGCCACACCCUGCAGCUCUCCUCUCUACAGCUGCCCACGCACAGCGUCCGACUGCCCAGUGGGCAAACAGUGCAGCUGGCCGCCCCGCAGGCGGUCCGCGCGGUCGCCACCACACAAGUCAAAAACCCAAGUCCCAGGCCACAAACCUCCUCCCCAACUAUCAAAUCGAAUCCCCAAACGAGCCAAUCCCUCCAAAUUCCAGUGUCAACGGUCCAAUUAGGACAAACGGUACAAAUAGCCGGACAAACGGUCCAAUUAGCCGGUCAAAGUGUUCAACUAACGGGACAUACCGUAAAACUUCCGAGUGGACAAAGUGUUCAAGUGGCAAGCCAAAGUGUACUACCGUCCCAAAGUGUACAAACGGUUCAGUUAGCCAGUGGAAAUGUUCAAACGGUGCAAUUAAGUGGUCAAAGUGUUCAAUUAUCCGGUCAAAGUGCUCAAAUGUCCAGUGGUCAAAGUGUGCUCGCAUCACCGACUGUCCAGAUCGGCGGUCAGACGGUACAGUUGAGCGGACAGACGGUUCAGUUGCCCAGCGGUCAAACGUUCCAGUUGCCUAGUGGUCAAACUGUGCAGUUAUCUAGUGGUCAAACAAUACAGUUGGCAAGUGGUCAGACUUUACAGUUAGCCAACCAAACACCAAAGUCGAUAGCACAAGCCGUAAGAACACAGUCGACAGGUGACAAAACACCUCAGCCUAUUGUUGCCAAGUUAUUAACUAAUGCACAGGGUCAAAUGAUAUCAUUAGAGGGAGUAGUGGGCGGGACUCGAGCGUUACAAGUGGCCGGUGUGGCCAACGUGGGCAACAUGGGCGGCGUGGGCAACAUGGGGGGUGUGGGCAACGUGCGUGGGCGCGGCGGUGUGCGCGUGUUGUCUCCAUCUACGAGAUUAGCGAGGCCACUUUUACUCACCUCCGCCAAACCCUUGCACAAUAUCAUAUUACAGCAAAGUGAUGGCAGCGCUAUUCGUAUGACUUCAAGUGGUGGAACUGCAACUUCACAGACUAUAGUACUAAGUAAUGUUGGAGGUCAAACAGUAACAACAUCUACUUCGUCGCCGCCCGUUUUAAAAUUACAACAGGUAAAUCAGAUGCAUCCUGUUAGACUACCUCAGGGGAUAAAGAUACAACAGGCAGUGCCGACGGCUGCGGUGCCGACAUCUAGCGGCGUGCGCAGUGUACUAAUGGACGGGCAACAGCUCAAGUUAGUUGGAGGCCGACAUGUAUUAGCCAGAUUACUGAGACCCGCCAACCCACAGCAGUAACGCCGGACCUUGGUGUAUGUGAAUACUGGUCAUAGCUAGCGUGACACUAGCAGUUGUCAUGACAGCUGAAAUCCGCCGAAAGUAAUACAAUUUGGACCUUAUUUGUAUAUACGUUUAGGUACUUUGUUGCUUGUGGGUUCAGAA